AUGUAAUAUUAGAAGCAGUUACUUAAGUAUUUAUUACUAUUUAUUUCUCUUUUAGAAAUACUCUCGAAGAAUAACAAUAAUAUCGAUAACAAUAGCAAAUGGAUUAAAAAAGAAGAGCAAUUGAAUAAGAAUAAUAAAUGCUUCAAGAAUAAGCAAAAGCAUUAGAGUAUGAUGAACUCUAGCGUAAAUAAAUCUAAAAGUUUAAGUAAAGGGAAUUAAGUGAAGCCUAUGAACAAAGCAUUAACUAAAAAAAAUAAAAUCAAAAUAUCAUUAAAUAAAAAUAAAUUUAAGAUGAAUACAACCUUGUUUCUUAAGCUUAAUAAUAUUAGGAAAUGUAAAGGCAAUAGAAGAUGCAUUAAUAAUUUUAAAUGAAAUAAAUUGCCUAAGCUUCUAUGGAUGAUAAAAUGAGAAAACUUAUGUAACAAAAAGAGAUGCAAGAAUAAGAAAAAGUUAAAGAAUAAAUAAAUUAAAGGGAUGAAGAAAAUAGAAUACAAGAAAAACAAAAUAAAUAUAGAGAAGUAUUUAUUAAAAUUAUUCUUAGUAUUAUAGAUAAGUAGCAGAAAAUUAAGAAAGAAUGUAAAAAAACUUUGCUGAAAAAAUUGGUACCGAAAAACAGUCAUAAAUUGAAAAUAUGAUUAAUAGAGGAAUUGAAAAUGUAUAAUAUAAAGAGGAGAUGGAAGCUCAGUAAAAAAAAUAAAGCUAACUUUAUAAUAAAUAAAUGAUGAGAGAUUCAUUAUAAAAAUAAAUAUAUGAAAGAGAAUAAAGCACUAAAAAUUAGAAUGGUUCAUAAGUUAUGAGCAAUGGAGUAUUUAAAAUAUAUAGAAUUUUAGUUUAGAAGCGCUGAGAAUAAUUAAAUUGAUCCUCAAGUUCAUAAUCCCCUUUUGAAUCCUAUUCCAGGUUAUAAUUAGAAUCCAUAUUUAAAUUAAAGAAGCUAAUUAGGAACAUAUGGAAAUUAAGUACUAAAGAUGUAUUGA